UUUGAAUUUACUGGAGAGGGGGAAGUUUAAAAUAUUAUCCGUGCCCAGAGAUGGCAAGAAAAAAUAUUGAGAAAUUAAUUUGAUUACAAACUGGGCUUAUACAAAAAUUCAAGUAUUGUGUUUUUUAUUGUAAAUAAAUUAUUUACUACUAAUCAAAAUGACGUUAGAAGACUUUCCAAGAGGUGGUAAAAAAACUUUUGCCAAAGCUCCAUCAAAUUUUUUACUAGGCAACAAACGGAAACUAUCAAGUAAAAAGAAAAGUCAUGGUAAAAAAACUAAAAAUGAUGUUCAGAAAAAGGAUGAUCAAGAUUUCGGACCCUCUACUGCUGAAUGUCUGACUUACUCGACUAUUGUCGAAGGGAUGAUAAUUUUGGGACGGAUUUACACUUCCACAGAGUACGAUAUAACUGUAUCAUUGCCAGGACGAUUAAGCGGACAAGUUUUGGCGACUUAUAUAAGUGAUACUUACACAAAUUUGUUAGAGAAAGUCAUCGAGACAACAGAUAAUGAGCUCACCGAAUACAAACCUCUCAAUGAAUUAUUCAAACGUGGUGAUUACGUCGUAUGUUAUGUCAAAGGCGUUAACCCAGAUGAUAAAAAUUCUGUUAAAUUAUCACUGGAGUCAGGACUUAUAAAUCAAAAUCUUGACCCCGGUAGUUUAGCAAAAGGUUCAAAAAUCGUUUGCUCAGUAAGCAGCGUUGAAGAUCACGGAUAUGUGGUCGACACUGGAAUUAAAACUCUCCGAGGAUUUUUGGCUCAUGAAGAUGUCGCUGAAAAUGCAAAAUAUCACGUCGGGCAACAAAUAUUUUGCGCCGUUAAAAAAGUGAAAACGGACGAAAACGUGAUCACAGUAAAUCUCUCAACAAAAUCAAAACGAUUGAUGUCAACUGUUAGCUCCAGUAGCCAGCAACUGGACUCAAUAAUUCCAGGGUCUCGUUUGGACGUCACUAUUAAGAAAAUUUUACGCAAUGGUCUACGGGUUUCAUUCAAUGAAAACAAUACAGGUUACAUUAAUCGAUUGUAUCUUAAUGAGCCACUCGAGUCUUAUCACCCUGACUCCGAAAUAACCGUAACUCUUUUGUACAUCAUUCCAACACUCAAAUUCGCUUAUUUCUCGGAACUUACAUUUGAAAAAGAAAAGGAUUCGAUUAAAGUUGGAGAUAUAGUUGACAAAGCAGCUGUUUUAUACCGAGAAACCAAAGGAAUUGUUUUGAAUUUAAAAGAUGGAGUAAAAGGUUUCGUAUCUUUUAAACGAACUGAAGUUGACUUUGAAAAUAUAAAGAGUAAAUUUAUACCUGGGUCUACUCACAAAUGCCGAAUUUUGUCUUAUGAUAUUUUUGAUAGAAUUUACGUCUGUACAAUGCAAAAAAAUUUGCUGAAAGCUAAGAGUUGUAUUGCUGAUACUGUCACUCCAGGAGAUGUAUUGACUGUUGAAAUUAUGCGGUUCAAUCCCAAUGGAUUUAUUUUUGUCAAAUCCGGCAACACAUUCGGAGACGUACCGCCUGAACAUGUUGCUGAUAGUGGGCUAGAUGCUAAGAAAAAACAACAACAACUGAAAGUAGGCGCGAAAAUAACAGCGAGAGUUUUGGGUAGAAAUAAACAAGACAACGGCUGGAUAUUUACGCUGAAAAAAUCUCUAGUAGAAAGUAAACAUCGUAUUUUGUCUAAUAUCGAUGAUGCGACUGUUGGCUCGAAGUAUCAAGCGACUAUUUUUGCUAUUAAAAAGGAGGGAUUGGUUGUGUCAUUUUUCGGUGACGUCAAGGGUUUUAUUCCAGCAAAAUUCUUAAACAAAAAUACCGGGGGUAUUUUGAAUUACAGAAAUGGUCAAGUUUUGCUUGUAAAGAUUGAAAAAAUAAACGAGGGCGGUAAAUUAAUUUUAAAUCUUGCUGAGAAAAAAGACAAACAAAAGGAGGAAAUAAAACUAAAUAUUGGUGAAGAAGUUGCGGGGAUCGUCGUCGAGUCGUCGUCAGAAGGAGUUUAUUUGAGGAUAACUAAAAGCGAUGACAGUGACAGUAUCACCGGAUUUUUGCCAGCUGGUCACAUGGCGCCGUGUAAAGAAUUAGGGGGUUACCUGGCUGCCAAAUGUGUACCUGGCGACUCACUGACAGCACUUGUAUUUUCUACAUCACCUAAAUUUUUGCUCACACGAACGUACAUUCCUCAAGAAAAGUUGACUAAAAUGGAUAAUCUAAAAGUGGAUGAUUGUAUUCCAUGUUCUAUCAGCGACAUCAGUUCAAAAGGUUUAAAAGUCGUGUUACCUAUUGAAGGAUUUAACGAUUAUGGUGUCGUUCCUUUCAACAAAGUUACAGACAUCGAGAGCUUGUCAGUCCAUCAAAUAUUAUUUGGCAAAAUAACUUUUAUCAAUAAGAAAGAAAAUAAAAUUCAUCUAACGGUAUCUUUACACGAAGUUUGGACUGAUGCUGUCAAGCAAGACGUUGAUAUGGUUGCUGCUGUUGAUGUUUUAACUUUAUACCUGAGUAAACUCAAAGAAUUAUCAACUCAUCAGUACUACAGUAACAAAGCUCUCUCGACGAUGCAUUUGGGGCAGCGUGUAAAGGGAGUUGUUGAUAAAGUUACAGAGCACGGGCUUGUUUUGAAGCUGGAAAAUGAUGUUGCUGCGACUGUUCGUUCAUGUCACUUUAAAAAGCCAUACAAAGUGGGUAAUCAAGUCGAAGCAACUGUUUUGUGGAUAAAUUACAUUCAUGAGUUAGUUGAAGUGACACUUUUACCAACUCUUGUUAGUUCAAUUAACAGUAAACAAAAUAAAUUACCAGAAGAUUCGUUGGAGGUACAGUUGAGAGGUGAAAUUGUUUUGAUAACUAAUUUCUUUGCUCUGGUUGUGUUAAAGGGUCAGGGAAAAGGUACUUUAGUUUCUUUGCCAACACGUAGACACGCUAAUGACAUGAAACCUGAUCUAUCAUCGUAUGUAGUGGGUAAAAAAGUCAGGUGUUACGUUAUACUUAAUCGUGAUGAGGCUGAAUUGACUCCCGUUGGCGUCGUUAAGUCAGCAUUUGAAUCCCGAAGACUCAGUAUUGAGCAGAAUAAAAAUUUGAAAAGAAAAAAACCAGCUUACAUUCACGGAGGUGAUGAUUUGCUCAUCAAGAGAUUAAAAGUUUCAACAAAAACUAAUAGAAAUAUUGUCGAGGUGAAGGAAGAUGUUGAAAUAAAGAGCGAAGAUGAAGAUGAUGACCAAGUUGAUGUGGCAAAAGAAAAUGAUAAUGAUAAUGGGAAAAAUAAAAAAGACAAGAAGAAAAAACAUAAACAGGAUAAGACAGAAAUGCAAGACAAGGAAAGUAAAAAAAAAGUUGAUAAAGAAAAUUUGAUGAUUGAUAGUCUCAGUAUACCAGAGUGUGGAUUUAAUUGGGAUAACAAAUUAGACGAAAUAAAAGUUGAAGAAUCAUCGAGUAGCAGCGAAGAUGAAGAUGAUAAUGAACCGAAGAAGAAAAAGAAAAAAUUGAGUGCUGCUGAAAGACAUGAACUCGAGCGACAAAAAGAACGAGAAAUACGUCAACGUGAAGAAGCAUUAGCGAGUAAUCAGAUGCCAAAUUCAGUUGAUCAGUUUGAUCGAUUAGUAUUAGCGAGUCCUGACAGUUCAUUAAUUUGGCUCCAGUACAUGGCGUAUCAUCUCCAAGCCACGGAAGUCGAAAAAGCCCGCGCUGUUGCUAAACGUGCGCUUAAAACAAUAAACUUCCGCGAAGAAAGUGAAAGACUAAAUGUUUGGCAAGGUUGGUUGAACUUGGAGUCAAGAUUCGGAACACCUGAAACUUUGAAUGACGUCUUCCAGCAAGCACUGAAGGCCAAUGAUACCAAGAAAAUUUAUCUUCACAUGAUAACUGUCCAUGCCGAUGCGGCGAGAAAUUCAGAGCUUGAGCACACGAUUAAAACUGUCACUGGCAAAUUCAAACAAGACCCAGAUGUUUGGACUGAGUGUGGCUGCGCAUUCCUCAAACUUGGAUUGAAAGAAAAAUCACGGUUCCUUAUGCAACGUGCGCUUCAAUCCUUGCCUCCAAAAGAACAUGUCAACUUGAUGGUGAAAUUUGCCCAAAUGGAAAAUAGAUUUGGUGAUAAAGAAAGAGCUGAAACUUUGUUUGAAAAAAUAUUGAUCUCAUACCCCAAGAGAGUUGACGUUUGGUCAAGUUACGUUGACGUAUUGGUCAAAUCUGAAAACUUUGACGCUGCAAGAAAAGUGUUGGAAAAAGGAGUAAUGCAGUCACUUCCCCCACGGAAAAUGAAGAUAUUAUUUAAAAAAUACGUCAGUUUUGAAGAGCAAUUCGGUACACCAGCAGGCGUAGAACAUGCAACUAAAUUAGCACAAGACUACGUCAACAAGCAAACCAGCGGAUGAACAUAUACAAAUAUGUUAACUAUUGUAUAAUAAAUAUUUUUUUUUAAAUAUACAAACAAUUGUAA